AUGUACAUUCCUAUUUGUGAUGAUGCUUUGAAGCCAAUGAUUGGUAUGAAAUUCAAUACAUUAGUAGAAGCAGUUGAUUUCUAUGAACAUUAUGCUCGUUCAGUUGGUUUUGGCAUUCGUAAAAUGAGCAACAAAUCAGUUCAAGAUGGCAUGAGCAUAGGAUAUGAGGUUUAUCAGUUUGUUGAGUAUCAUAAUCACUUAAUGGUUGCGGAUGAGCAUAGACAUUUUAUGAUGGCCAAUCGCAAUCUGGAUCCUAUCCAUCGGAGGUUUAUGGAGGAUUGUGGCAGGUGUAAUAUUGGUCCCACUCUCAUAUUCAAACUUUUGAAUGAGAUAAUGGGUGGACCUGAAAAUGUUGGAUGUGAUAUUAUUGAUAUUAGAAAUGGUUAUCGUGAUAUUAUGUCCAAUAUUGAUGGUUCAGAUGCUCAAAUGAUUUUUGAUUAUAUGCGUUCUCAAAAGGAAUCAUCUGAUGCCUUCUAUUAUGAAAUUGAGAUAGGAUCUCAUGGAAAGUAUUGCAUGAUUUUUGCUCCAUUCACUGGAAAAGAUAACCAUUCUAGACCAGUUACAUUUGGAGCUGGCUUGUUAUCAAGUGAAGGUAGAGACUCCUAUUCUUGGUUGUUUGGCUGUUUUGUUCGAUGCAUGGGGGUAGCACCCAAAUUGAUUAUCACUGAUCAAGAUUGGGGGAUCAAACUUGCUGGUGAAGAUAAGUUGCCCAAAUCUUUACUUGGUAAUGAAGAUUUCAAGAAAGAGUUGAAUGCAUGUGUUUGGUCUGAUUUGUUAGAGCCUGAUGAGUUUGAUAUAAUAUGGAAUGAUAUAAUGGAACGGUAUGGAUUAGAAGACGUGAACUGGUUUGGAUCAAUGUUUGAAGAUAGAGAAUUUUGGGUUCCUGCUUAUUUUCGAAAUUUUCCCAUGGGGUCGCUUCUUGGGACUACAUCGAUGUCCGAAUCGGAGAAUAGCUUUUUUAAAAACUACACAAAGCCACGUGCAAAUCUUGUACAGUUCAUCAAUUUCUUUAAUUAUGCUGUGGGAGAUCAAAGGUGUAACACCCGCCUUUAUUAUUAG